AUGUCCAUGGCCAUCUUUAACACUUUUGGAAACGUUGGUGUCUUUAUUCUGUUAUUAUUAUGGCUUCUCGUAUCUGCUUUGUGUGUUUGGGGACGACCCGCCACUUUUGUGCAAGACUUUCGAAUAACGUGGUCUGACUCUCAUAUAAGGCAAAUUGAUGAAGGCAAUGCCAUCCAACUCAUUCUAGACCAAAACUCCGGCUGUGGUUUUGCUUCUAAAAGUAAGUACAUGUUUGGCCGCGUUAGCAUGAAGAUCAAGCUCAUACCCGGUGACUCUGCUGGGACUGUCACUGCAUUUUAUAUGAACUCUGACACAGACACUGUACGGGAUGAGCUGGAUUUCGAGUUCUUGGGAAACCGCAGUGGUCAGCCUUACACAGUUCAGACAAACAUCUAUGCUCACGGAAAGGGUGAUAGAGAGCAGAGAGUCAACCUUUGGUUUGACCCUGCUGCGGACUUUCACACAUACACUAUUUUAUGGAAUCAUCACCAUAUUGUCUUCUACGUUGAUGAGGUUCCAAUUCGAGUGUACAAGAACAAUGAAGGAAAGGGAAUCCCGUACCCAACGAUGCAACCAAUGGGAGUGUAUUCAACGUUGUGGGAAGCUGAUGAUUGGGCAACAAGAGGUGGGUUGGAGAAAAUUGAUUGGAGUAAGGCACCUUUCUAUUCUUAUUACAAGAACUUCGACAUUGAAGGAUGUCCAGUGCCAGGUCCUGCUAACUGUGCCUCUAACCCAAGUAAUUGGUGGGAGGGGGCUGAUUACCAAGCUCUUAAUGCCAUUCAAGCCCGAAGGUACAGGUGGGUUCGUCUCAACCACAUCAUCUAUGAUUACUGUAAAGAUAAGUCUCGCUACCCAGUCACCCCUCCGGAGUGCCUCGCCGGCAUUUAAUUUAAAACCCAAAACUCAUAUCAGUUUCAAUAAUUCAAUUACAUGC